AGGGCGGCUGAGGGGCGGCGGCGGUGGCGGCGGCGGCGGGGAACGGCCAUGGUGUCGCCGGCGGCGCGGCUGGUGGGGCAGGGCGUGUGGGCGGCGCUGACCGGGGGCUGGUACCACGACCCGGAGCAGGGCGCCUUCACCAACAGCUGCCACCUCUAUCUGUGGCUCUUCCUGCUGACGCUGCCCAUGGCCAUGCACCUGGCUUUUCCAGCAAACUCAGUUACGGUGUUUGCAUACUGCAGCUUGGUGACGGUGUUCUUCACAGUGAUAAAGGUGAUCAGUUACCGUCUACACCUGAUGUUUGAUAAAGGUGAAGUAAUUCAACAAAAGCUAUCAAGAAAAGAUGGACGGCAACAUAAAGAUACAGAAAUUCCAAACAGAAACACAGCUCACUCCUCAGAUCAUAGCAAUAACAGCAGGGAUAAUGGUGUCAUCAGUGAGACCAACCAAGAUGACUCUACCCAAACAAUUCAUGAUAGUUCAAGGGUACAGGCUGUGGACUUGGAGAACUCACCUGGAGCAAUGGAGCUGCCAACACGGGAAACUAUUGAAGAUCUCAGAGGUGUUACAGUAUUAGAAGAUCAGGCAGCACAACCAGUUUCAUCUACCUCACCCUGUGUCAAAACAGAUAUAUUACCUGUUUCUACAGCCUCUGCUUCAGGUGCCACCACAUCACCAGUAGCGACAAAACCAGCUGCUAUGAAAAUACUUUCUGGUAAUGGAAUACAUGAAGAAGCAGGAGACGGACAGCAUGGAUCCCAAGAUAUUAUUGUGGACAGGGAGGUAGCUAAAAACUUCUCCAAUAUUUCUUCAUCGCAAGGUGAUAUUUUGAGGACUGGAGUUUCUUCAGAGCCAUGGGACAGUGAAAAUUCAGUUAUUUCAGACCAUUUGAGUAAUCCUAAAAGCUAUAAAAGAGAGAAACUGCCUGAUGUAUCACCACAGUCAGGCUUUACCAGUUACUGCCCACAGUGCAAUGCCAUUGCAACCAAAGAUCUCGAGCACAUGGAAAGUUCUUGGAAUGGCAGUAAUAUCCAUGAGGACCUUGAUUGCUCAGACAAUGAGACUGCUGUCGCAGUUGUGGACAACUCUCUUCCUGGAGACCAGCUGUGUGAGCCCAUUAAAAUUGUCAUCACAAUGAGCACUACACCAAACACCACCCUCAGAGACCUGUCAGGCUGUGUCCACCUAAAGGCUCUGGGAACUGAGAGAACGAGCUUAGCCCCUGAGUCUGGUAUAGUUACGGCAGGUUGGCCAAGUCAGCAAACUAAUGAACAGCUCAGAAUCCCUGUUAUCACUUUUGACCUGUCUGAUGACAGUAAAGGUAAGGCUUUCCCAGAAGUUAGUGAAAGUGAAAGAACUCCACAAGCUUUAAAGGCAGACCUGUUGUCCAACCAAUGCUCUGGCUAUGAAUCGGGUGAUGCAGUAAAGGAACAUAGCAAUCCAGCAAAUAGUCCUUUAGAAACUAACACUUGCUCAGAUCCAAGUCGGGAGAAUGCUUCUGAAAAUGUCCAGACUGUGGAUUUAACUUCUAAGGAAGACCUGCAGAACCUAGACCCGCAGUCCUGUAGAACUGCUCAUGAAAAGAGGCACAUGCGAGUGCUAAGCGUAGACAGCGGAACGGAUGUGCUUUUGAGUAAGAAUUUCAUGGAGGUAUCUGACAAAGAAAAAACCUUACCAACUUCUAAGUCAGAUCUAGAAGCUAAAGAAGGACAAGUGCCUAAUGAGUCUAACUUUCUAGAAUUUGUGUCCCUCCUGGAAUCCAUUAAUACCUCAAAGAUGAAGGCAUCUAAUCAAUCCACUGUUAAAAUGGAGACGACGAAGGAAAAUGGGCUUGUUGGAGAUAGCCAGACAACGGAGAGAAAAGAAGAAGUGGUGGGAACAGAAAAGCACUGUGAGCAACUUCCUAAACAGGAAAGAUCAGAUGUACAAAGCCAAGAUCGUGCUAGUACUAGUCCGGUGCUACCAGAGUCUGCCAAAUUUGCAGCACUUUACCAGGGCAGCAGGCAAAGGCAGAUAAUCUACCGGGUAACUUCUCAGCAAGACAGUUCUGUCUUGCAAGUAAUAAGUGGACCUGAGGCGUCUGUGCAAGAUGAGCUAUCCGUGGAUGCAAUGCACGUGUUCAUAGAUGAAAAUGGGGAAAUUAGAUCCUGUUAUUUAAAGGCUGGCUGUCAGAAGGAAGGAAAUUUUCGACAUCAGCUAUCAAAUUGUGAUUGUAUUUCAAAUGCUCAUGAACUGCAGUUCAGCUCCUCUAGUACUACUACUUCAGAGAGCCAAGAACCGUCUUCCAGGGAUCAAGCAGCGAGUGCGCUUCAGCAGCAGCUCCUGCUGAUGGUGGCACGAAGGACCCUUUCGGAAAGCCCACGGCAACCCAGCCAGGACCCUGAGGAUUCUGCAUGUUCUUCGGCACAACGGAAGCUGAACAGACAGUUUUACAGAUUUAUUAUAUUCCCUGGCAAAUGGAUCAGAGUCUGGUAUGAUCGUCUUGCCUUGCUGGCAUUGUUAGACAGGACUGAAGAUAUAAAGGAGAAUGUAUUUGCUGUAUUUCUAGUAGUUCUCGUUUCACUUCUUGGAUUCCUGACUCUGAAUCAAGGCUUCUGUAAAGACUUCUGGGUUCUGUUGUUCUGUCUGGUGAUGGCCAGCUGCCAGUAUUCUCUCCUAAAGAGCGUUCAGCCUGAUCCUGCUUCACCAAUACAUGGGCACAAUAAAAUCAUAAUCUACAGCAGACCUGUAUAUUUUUGUAUAUUAUGUGGCCUUAUUUUGCUGCUAGAUGCUGGAUCUAAAGACACAAAUCCUCCAGUUUAUACAAUGUAUGGCUUGAAGCUCUUUUCGCCUAGAUCUCUCCAGUCAGCCAGAGACCAUGUAAUAGGUGAGUCAAUAUUUUUCCUAGAACUGUAAAA